CUUUAAUCCUUCAUUUGUGACGGUACAUAUAUCAUAAAGGCGGAGAUGUGCGGUCUUGGUUGGAGGGUGUGUUCCACCAGAAUCGCGGACUCCGAUCGCAAUGUCAACGACGCCGCACGAGAAGCUGGGAGGCAGACAGCAUGAUGCCGACACGAAGAUUGAAUCAAACACGCUCGAACCGACGACAGAUGUCAGUCUGGAAGCAUUAGGCUACCAAGCCCAAUUGCGCAGGAACAGAGGACUAUACACGAUUUUGUUUCAAGUCCUGGCCAUCACUGCUGUGCCAUUCGGAGAAGGUAGUGCUAUCUUCAGUGCUAUCUAUGGAGGCGGACAGCUUCCCUACUUUGUGGGAUGGAUUGUCGUUAGUGCUCUCGACCAAUGCAUGGCUAUGUCUCUCUCUGAGUUGGCCUCACGCUUCCCAACAACAGCAGGUCCGUACUACUGGUCAUAUCAGCUCGCCACUGUCCGCUUUGGCGAGGGCAGCCGAGCAGCUGAAGUUCUAUCAUUCAUUACUGGUUGGACUUGGCUUGUGGGCAAUUGGACUAUAGCUCUCUCAGUCAACUUUGGCACCGCGAGCUUCAUUGCUGGAACAGCGACGAUCUACCACCCAGACUGGUCAGCGACAGCAUGGGAGCUGCUUCUCAUCUUCUACGCCAUCUGCCUGAUCACUUUUCUAGUCUGUGGGUUUGGCAACCGUAUCUUGCCUUACGUUGAUGCAGUUGCUAGCGUGUGGAAUCUGGUCACCAUUCUGAUCGUGUUCAUCGCUCUUUCUGCGACAGCCAAAGUCGGUCGACAUGACGCCGCAACUGGUCUCGGCGGCUACGACAAAUCGCUUUCUGGCUGGGACGACUUCUCUUUCUUUAUUGGACUUCUACCAGCGGCAUAUACCUUUGCAGCGAUCGGCAUGAUUACCGUCAUGGCAGAAGAGUGUCACGAGCCUGCAGUGGAACUUCCCAAAGCACUUUCUCUCGUUGUGCCAAUCUCUGGAGUAGCAGGCUUGUUCUUCAUUCUUCCCAUCUGCUUCACGCUACCACCACUCGAAGAUAUUUUCAACGCGCCACUCGGUCAAGCUCUGCCUUACAUCUUCCAUGUCGUGAUGGGCUCACGAGCAGGAGGUCUGGCUCUGAUGUUCUUUAUCCUCGGCGUAGCGAUGUUCUGCUCCAUCAGCAUCACGACUGCAGCUUCAAGAACGGCAUGGGCAUUCGCUCGGGACCACGCUGUUCCACUCUCGCGAGUCUGGUCCAAACUUGCAUUCAACGACACUCCCAUUCCUGCAUUGGCUCUUACGACCAUUGUGCAGAUGUUGCUUGGACUCAUAAACCUUGGCAGCACAGCAGCUUUCACAGCCUUCAUCUCGGUCGGUGUCAUUGGACUCGCAGCAUCUUAUGGCAUUCCUAUCCUUAUGUCCGUACUUUCAGCGCGUGAAGCGGUGUCGACUGCGCCCUUCAGAUUUCCGGCUCCAGUGGGAUGGUUUGUGAACAUCAUCUCCAUCCUCUGGAUCAGCUUUCAAUUAGUGCUGUUCAGCAUGCCGACUGCGUUACCGGUGACUUUGACGACGAUGAACUGGGCUAGCGUCGUGUUCGUCGGAUUUAUGGUCCUGAGCGCCAUCUAUUACGUGCUCUUUGCGCGAAGAGUAUACAAGGGACCUCCAAAAUCAGAUGGGCUUUAGUCAAAAUAAGCUACUAACUACGAGCAAGGCGAAAAGCAUGACACUGCCAAGCGACAACAGCCUGGGUCCCGAUGUUAGACAUAGUAGGCAGGUCUUGGCCUUUACUUUGAGCAAUAGCUUACCCCUUGAGACAUUUGCUUAAUACCUCCAAGCCUUCGCUUGCAAUGGUCGCAUUGACGUGUUGCAUACGAUCCAGGGAGCCGAGAG